UGCGCAUGCGCAGUGGCGGCAAGGAGCGGUGGGACGCGUCGCCAUGGUGACGGCAGCCGCCAUGGGGCAAGAGCGAAGGGAGAGCGGGGCUUGGGAGCAAGAGCUGAGGGCGGCCAAGAAGACGGCGCUCCUGCAGGGCGGCAGGCGGAGGGUCCACUACUCGUUUGAAGAUGCCCGCGAGAUGAUUGAGGAAUAUGAUGUCAUCACAGAGCUGCUGAUGUUGCGUAGGUGGCGUGUGCGCUCUAUGCUCGGGGCGCCCCGGGCCUGGGAGACAGAGGUGGGGGAACCCGGCCCAUCCCCAUCAUCAGUCGAUACGCUCAAGGAGAGCGCAGCCGCUCCCGUGUGUGUUCGCGGGGAGACACGGGAGGAGCUAUGGUGGCGUGUGAGGAAUGUGCCCUAUCCUCCACACGUGUUCUCCGUGUGUGUAGACAGCACCAACAAUAACCUCGUGAUCAGCACCUCCAACCACAAGUACUAUAAGCGACUCUCCAUCCCAGAUCUGGAUCGCUUGGAGUUGCCUCUAGACCCAGAGGCCGUGUCCUUCAGUCAUAACAACCACACACUCAUUGUCAAGUACCAAAAGCCAGCUCGGCUGCUGGAUCACGAGAAGCGCGUGCGGAGAGAGAUCUGCACACUGAGCUCUGAGGGGAACACUGAGGACAAGCCGCAGUGCAACACACAGUGAUGUCUCACCACAGAGUAGCACACAGUGUAACACAGUAUAAUAAUUUAAUAUAGCGUUAUUCAUCCCAACAGCAUCCUACAGUGCUGUACAAUUAUAUAUAAAUACUAAUCCCAUAUUUGCGGUUAGCUACACAGCGCGAAAGAAGCCGACACACAUACCAAGCAAAUUAAAACCCUACGAAGCAAAAGCAAAAAUAAAUAAAAUUAAGAAAUGGCACCAAAACAAAAAGUACAAACAACAAAAGCUAUCACAAUUCAUAAAUAAUACAGCGAUGUCUCACUACAGUGCAAUCAACACUAGACAAAGACAAAAAUCCCCAGUGUAGCCUUAACAGACGAGACAAGUGCUGUUAGCAAGCACCGACGAAGGCCGGCACGGCACACGGGGUGGUGUGUGGCCAGUACCAUGCCCACCUUUGUCUCCCCAGUGGCAAUGUUUACACACUGCACCAGGUAGUCAUUUGAGGCUGAGUCGACCUAGGGGAGGUCCAGACCAGUUCAGAUAAUCGUGACUGGUGUUUACCACGGGUGGGAAUUUAACCUCGGUUGCUGGGUUCAUAGCGCAAUGCGUUAACCGCUCCACUACUGCUCCCCACACAGUGUAAUACAUAGUGACGUCUCGCCAGUGCGACAAUACACUGCAACACACAGUGCCAUCUCACCACAGUGCAACGGUGGGAACUGUACUGUGACUUCCAAUAAAAAAAAUAUACCUCUCA